AUGAGGAACAGAGAGAAUGAAGUCUUGGCAAAUAUUGCAGCUCGGAGGAGAGGAGCAAGAGGGAGAGGAGUUGCCAGGCAGCCAGCCGAGCAAACUCCUAACCCAGCUGCCACCCAGGCCGAUUUUGCAGGAGCAAGUCAGGUGAUGACUCAGCUCCUUCAGAUGCAGCAGCAAAUGCAGCAACAGAUGCAGCAGCAGAUGCAACAACAGAUGCAGAUGCAGCAGCAGGUGCAGCAGCAGAUGCAGAUGCAGCAGCAGGUGCAGGCCACUGUCCGACCUGCACAGUCCAUUGAGUCCUACUAUGAGCGAUUCCGUAGGCUCAACCCACCUAUGUUUGACGGUGGAGCUGACCCUCUGAUUGCUGAGACCUGGAUUCGGGAGGUGGAGAAGAUGUUCAAAGCCUUGCAAUAUCCUGAAGAAGUAAAGGUCAGAUUGGCUAUUUCUAUGCUGAAGGGGAAUGCAGAGUUCUGGUGGACGGCUAUUGAAGCUGCACUCGAGGGUGAGGAUAAGCUACUGACAUGGGAGGAAUUCAAGAAGAUGUUUUAUGAGCAGUAUUUUCCUGAGUCAGUUAGAAUAUCUAAAAAAAAAGAGUUUUUAUCUCUGAGGCAGACAGAUGAUAUGACUGUGCUAGAAUAUGCCAACAAAUUUACUAAGCUGGGUCGGUUUUGUCCUCAAAUGAUAGAGGUUGAGAGAAGCAAGGCUAACAGAUUUGAGCAGGGCUUGAGGGACGACAUUCGAUCCCGGUUGUCAGUUCUGAUUCUCACCAGCUAUGGAGAGGUCCUGGAGAGAGCAUUGAAGGUAGAAACAGAUCUGAAGAAAUCAGAGAAGGAAAGAGGUGAACAGAAAAGGCUCGAGAUGUCAAAAAAUCUGAGGAACCGGUCAAGGAACUUUGAAGGCCCUCCUAGCAAGAAGAAAUUUAAAGCUUGUGAUUACUGUGGUAAAAUGCAUACUGGUCCUUGCUUGAAGAGGAUGGGAGCUUGUUUUAUAUGUGGGCAGCCAGGACACAUAGCCAGAGAUUGCCCAAACAAAAAGAAGGUUGAAUCUGGACCUUCUAGACCAGCUGAUCAGAAGCAGAAAGGAGCUGCACGGGUGUUCGCACUGACACGACAGGAUGCUAGUGCCAGUGACAGUGUUGUGGCAGGUAUGAUUCCCAUCAACUCUGUUGAUGCUUCAGUACUAUUUGAUUCUGGCGCUACACAUUCCUUUAUAUCCUCCAAGUUCUCUGCAUCCUUGCACCUUAUGCCUGAUAAGUUAGAUGAGCCUUUACUUGUUGCUACUCCUCUUAAGAAGACAGUAGUGGUUGAUUCUGUUCAUAAAAACUGCAUAGUUUAG